AUGGCGAUGGAGGAGGGUGUUAGUAAUGAGAGCUGCGGUAGCAGAGUGAACGAGAACACGAGCACGACGUCGUCUGCUUCGGUGUCGCAAAGAAGGCAGCAACAGCAAAGGAUGCAGCAGAAACUUGAGGCUUAUAAUGAGAUUCUUCGUCGACUUAAAGAAUCUAAUCAUGAAGAAGCUAAUCUACCUGGCUUUGAUGAUCAACUUUGGACUCACUUCAAUCGCCUCCCUACCAGAUAUGCGUUAGAUGUGAAUGUGGAGCGAGCAGAAGAUGUGUUAAUGCAUAAGAGAUUGCUGCAUUUGGCUCAUGAUCCUGCUAAUCGACCGGCAAUAGAAGUUCGCCUUGUUCAGGUUCAUCCUACUUCUGACGAGAAUUCAGCUGAUUCUAUCCUUCCUGACUCUCCUAGCAAAGAAGCAGCCCAAAGAAAGAGCAUGCAUCCACCACCAGCCUUUGGUUCAUCACCUAAUCUUGAAGCACUUGCACUUGAAGCAAAUAAAUUUGAUGAUCAAGACGGCGAUCAUUCUGUGCAUGCUAAUUCAAAGUUCUUCAGGCCCAUGCAUGAAAUUACUUUUUCAACUGAUGACAAACCAAAACUCCUGAGUCAGUUGACUUCCUUACUUGCUGACAUUGGGUUGAACAUCCAAGAAGCACAUGCAUUUUCGACAGUUGAUGGCUACUCCUUGGAUGUAUUUGUUGUUGAUGGUUGGCCAUAUGAGGAAACGGAGCAGCUCAGGACAGCAUUGGAAAAAGAAGUUUUCAAGAUUGAGGCUUGGUACCGUUCUUCAUCUCCUACCAGUGAUCAUGAGCAAUCCAGGAUCAAUUAUGAUCUUGAUCAUGUUGCAAUACCCAAUGAUGGCACUGAUGUGUGGGAAAUUGACCCUAAACAUUUGAAGUUUGAGAACAAAAUUGCAUCUGGAUCAUAUGGCGAUCUGUUCAAAGGUACAUACUGUAGUCAGGAAGUGGCUAUCAAAAUCCUCAAGCCUGAGCGAGUAAAUUCAGACUUGCAGAAAGAGUUCGCCCAAGAAGUUUACAUAAUGAGGAAAGUUCGACAUAAGAAUGUCGUACAAUUUAUUGGUGCUUGCACCAAGCCUCCAGAUUUGUGCAUUGUAACAGAAUUUAUGUCUGGAGGAAGUGUCUAUGACUACCUACACAAGCACAGGGGUGUUUUUAAGCUUCCAACAUUACUUAAAGUAGCAAUAGAUGUUGCUAAAGGAAUGAAUUACUUGCACCAAAAUAAUAUAAUCCAUAGGGAUUUGAAGGCUGCAAACCUUCUCAUGGAUGAAAAUGAAGUGAUUAAGGUUGCUGAUUUUGGUGUUGCCAGAGUGAAAGCUCAAACUGGAGUUAUGACUGCAGAAACUGGGACCUAUAGAUGGAUGGCUCCUGAGGUCAUUGAACACAAGCCGUAUGACCACAAGGCUGAUGUAUUUAGUUUUGGGAUCGUGUUAUGGGAGUUGUUAACUGGAAAGCUUCCAUACGAGUACUUAACCCCGUUACAAGCAGCUGUUGGAGUGGUUCAAAAGGGUCUACGGCCUACAAUGCCCAAGAAUACUCACCCAAAGCUUGCCGAGCUGCUUGAAAAAAGUUGGCAACAGGAUCCAGCCCUAAGGCCUGACUUUUCAGAGAUUAUAAAUAUACUGCAACAAAUAGCAAAAGAGGUUGGGGACGAUGGUGAAUGGCGCAAGGAGAAAUCAUCUGGCGGAUUUCUAUCCGUGCUCAGGAGGAAGUAG